ACCGGCUCUGCGCCAGGGGAGGACAAUUCUCAUUCCGUUAAAGGAAAUAAAGGAAUGUCCAUUGAGUGAAAACGUGUCGGUACCAACUUGGUUGUGCGAUUAUUUGCUGUGCUGUGGAUUAGUGCGCUUUGGGUCCAGGACAGGUGGCUGUGGAUUAGGACUUUUGCCCCACGCCCUGGAAGGUGCCCUGACAGUAUGUAGAAGUCAUGCACUGCCCACAUAACGCAAAGCGAAGCGCUAAACCCAAGUACGAGAUGAUCGGGGGAGCAGCGCUGGAACUGAGGCGCAAGAAGUCCGUAGACACCAAGAAGAAGAGAUCGGGAAAUGCCAGGGCUCUUAGCUGCUCCCCGACCCUCUAUGUGCCUCCCAGCCCGGCCUCUCCCCCCUGCAGCAGCGGCAGAGACUCUCCCCUCACUGGCUACUACACAGAUCCUGCCAGCGAGAGCUACAAUAAUCUGUCCAGUGGAACAAGCUACUACAGUUGUGUCAGCCAGAUCACUAUAGGAUUUGAAGUUAAUGGACCAGUUUCAAUAGGAAUAUCACACUGGAAGCCUCCAUAUGUACACAAUGAAACAUAUCUCCCCUUCGAACAUAGCCAGCACAAUGCAGAGAUUCCUGCUAAUCCAGUCUCGUGCUCCCUUUUGCCACAAAUGGAUUUAUCAGCAUCUUUAUCUUGCCCCACCUCUCUGCCAAUCAUACCAGCAAUUUCCCGGAGUAGCAGUCAAGAUACACUAAGCCAGGACUCUGACAUUAAUCAGGGAAUAAGCAUAUCUAUUCAUGGGUCUAAAAACCAGUUGCAAAUCCAUCAAAAGAAAAGUGUACCCAGCCAUUCUCUUCCUAGCAGACAAAUUGUGGUCAGGCAUUCCUCACUUCCGCCACUCAGAAGAGCAAUAAGAAUGAAGGCCUCCGGCAAAUGUGCACUCUCAAAUGGGAACACAGAAAUUCAAUACCCAGGAGUUAAAGAUAUAAAUAUAUUCUUUGAGGAUUUAGAAGCUGCAAACAGUCCAUCAAAAGACGAUGAUUCUCUGCUGCAUGCUGGCAAUUUAACAAGCAUGUCAGAUGAAGUCAGCCGGUUAGACGCAGAAGGAGAGGGUUUGAGUGUUCCAGAAAAAAAUAAAACAAGUGGGCUAUUUUUUAAUGAUGGGAAGCAUCGUAUUGACUAUAUUCUGGUGUAUAGAAAAUCAAGUCUUCAGUCAGAGAAAAGGGAGAUUUUUGAAAGAAAUAUUCGGGCCGAGGGAUUGCAUUUAGAGAAGGAGUUUUCCGUUGCAAACAGUGACAUUAUGUUUGUAAAACUUCAUGCUCCAUGGGAGGUACUAGGAAGAUACGCAGAACUAAUGAAUGUAAGGAUGCCUUUCAGGAGAAAAAUCUAUUACCUGCACUGUCGGUACAAGUUCAUGACUAGGAUGGAGAAGCAAUUGAGCAGGUUUCGAGGUUUGUUACCUAAAAAGCCCAUGAGACUGGACAGAGAGAAAAUUUCAGACCUGGAGGAGAAUGACUGUUACACUGCACCAUUUAGUCAACAGAGGAUCCAUCACUUCAUAAUAAACAAUAAAGACACAUUUUUCAACAAUGCAACAAGGACCAGAAUUGUACAUCAUAUUUUACAAAGAGUCAAAUAUGAAGAGGGGAAAAAUAAAAUUGGACUGAAUCGAUUGCUCACAAACUGCACGUAUGAAGCUGCCUUCCCCCUUCAUGAGGGGAGUUAUAGAAGCAAAAAUUCAAUAAAGACACAUGGAGCACAAAAUCAUAGGCAUCUGCUUUUUGAAUGUUGGGCCUCCUGUGGAGUGUGGAAUAAGUACCAGCCACUCGAUAUAGUCAGGCGGUAUUUCGGUGAGAAGAUAGGUCUGUAUUUUGCAUGGCUUGGCUGGUACACAGGAAUGCUUUUCCCAGCAGCCAUUGUUGGCUUGUUUGUCUUCCUCUAUGGCAUGUUUACACUAGACAGCUGCCAAGUCAGUAGAGAAAUCUGCCAAGCCACAAACAUUACUAUGUGUCCCCUGUGUGACAAAUACUGCCCGUACAUGAGGUUGUCAGACAGCUGCAUCUAUGCCAAGGUUACCCAUCUGUUUGACAAUAGUGCAACAGUGUUCUUUGCUGUUUUUAUGGCAGUUUGGGCUACAGUGUUUCUGGAGUUUUGGAAAAGAAGAAGAGCAGUAAUUGCCUAUGAUUGGGACUUAAUAGACUGGGAAGAAGAAGAGGAAGAAAUUCGCCCUCAGUUUGAAGCCAAAUACUCAAAGAAAGAACGAGUAAACCCAAUAUCAGGAAAGCCAGAGCCAUACCAAGCCUUUGCAGAUAAAUGCAGCAGACUUGUUGUUUCUGCUUCUGGAAUAUUUUUUAUGAUAUGUGUCGUCAUUGCCGCAGUUUUCGGCAUUGUUAUUUAUCGUGUUGUGACUGUCAGUACGUUUGCUGCCUUUAAGUGGGCGUUAAUAAGGAAUAACUCUCAGGUUGCUACUACAGGGACGGCAGUGUGCAUCAAUUUUUGCAUUAUAAUGCUUCUGAAUGUGCUCUAUGAAAGGGUUGCACUCUUCCUUACAAACCUUGAGCAGCCACGCACUGAAUCAGAAUGGGAGAACAGCUUUACUUUGAAAAUGUUUCUUUUUCAGUUUGUCAAUCUGAACAGCUCCACCUUUUACAUUGCAUUCUUUCUCGGGCGGUUUACUGGCAGACCUGGAGCUUAUUUAAGGCUCAUAAACAAAUGGCGACUGGAAGAGUGUCACCCAAGUGGAUGCCUUAUUGACCUAUGCAUGCAGAUGGGAAUAAUAAUGGUUCUCAAGCAGACCUGGAAUAAUUUCAUGGAACUUGGGUACCCACUUAUUCAAAAUUGGUGGAGACGAAGAAGAUUACGACAAGAACAAGGAGCUCAUGGAAAAGUCAACCUUCCACAGUGGGAAAAGGACUACAACUUGCAGCCAAUCAAUCCAUAUGGACUUUUUGAAGAGUACCUUGAAAUGAUUCUCCAGUUUGGUUUCACAACCAUCUUUGUGGCUGCCUUUCCAUUAGCUCCUCUACUUGCCCUACUUAACAACAUUCUUAAAAUCCGACUUGAUGCGUAUAAAUUCAUCACUCAGUGGAGGCGGCCCCUAGCUUCUCAGGCAAAGGAUAUAGGUAUAUGGUACGGAAUUCUUGAAGGCAUUGGAAUACUCUCAGUUAUCACCAAUGCUUUCGUCAUAGCUGUGACCUCAGACUUCAUCCCUCGACUGGUUUAUGCUUACAAAUAUGGACCAUGUGCAGGUCAAGGACGAGCUGGAGAAAAAUGCAUGGUUGGUUAUCUUAAUGCCAGUCUUUCAGUAUUUAUGGUGACUGAUUUUGAAAACCAUUCAAAUGCUACACUGAAUGAAAGAGAAUUUUCUGAACAACAUGUGAAAUAUUGCAGGUACCGCGACUAUAGAGACCCCCCAAGUGCUCCUGAACCCUACGCUUAUACACUGCAGUUCUGGCAUGUUUUAGCAGCUCGACUGGCAUUCAUCAUUGUAUUUGAGCAUCUUGUUUUUUUUAUAAAGCAUCUGAUCUCUUACCUAAUACCUGACCUUCCUAAGGACCUUAGAGAUAGGAUGAGAAGAGAAAAAUACCUUAUACAGGAGAUGAUGUAUGAAGCAGAGCUGGAAAGAGUCCAAAAAGAAAAGAAAGAAAGGAAAAAAAAUGGGAAAUGUCAACAUAACGAGUGGCCCUAACUGUAACUAGGGAUAAGAAAGAGAGAUAUGACCUCUACCAGUGCAGUUGUUAAAUGUUAAAUUAAAAAAAAAACCUUAUUGCAUGGAAACAAGAUGACAGCACAGCACUAGGCUCCUGGCAACAGAUAUUCUGUAAAAUCAUUCUGCAAUCUACCAGUGGGACAGGCACUUUUUCGGAGCAAGCAUGCACAUUUCAAAAGAAUUCCUCUAAUUUCUAUACACCACAACUGGCAUCUUUUUCCACCAUUUUGUACCUCUUUUUGCAUUUGGAAUCCUAUUUUACGCAAGUUUUAAUUUUGUCAUCCUUCUUUGAUUCCUACAAUAUAUUUCCAUCCAUCCAUUUGACCGUUACACAUGGAACUGCAGAUGUUUACAUUUGUACAAAUUUUUUGUACUUCAGAUAUUUCUGAGGAGAAUUUCUAUACUACUGUAUAUCCUAUAUAAAUGUAAAUAGAUGUACGUGUAUAUACACAUAUAGAUAUAUAUACACACAUAGAACAGAAAGCUUAAUUAUUUGUAGAUAGACAAAAGCUGAAAUUUCGAAACUUUAAAAAAUGGUUCAUGGACAUAAAAAGACAUUUUAUGCUUGUAUAAUGUUAUGCAAUAAAUUGAAUUAUGCACA